AUGCCUCGCGCCCGACCCUACUACAUCAUCAGCAGCGAAGGCAAAUUCUCCGCCACAUUCACCCCCCGCGUCCUCGGCGUCUUAUCCAUUAGUGCAUUAUUUGUCACCUUUGUCAAAAAGAUCGCACCACGUUACGUACGAAUACAUGAUGACUCUGAGCUCUGGAUUAAGAAAUUUGCCGGCAACGAUCACAACAUAAAAGUCGUCCCACAGAUGAGCAACAUAUUUCGUAAGUCUACAACUCCUGCCACCACUGUCUACCUGGCCAUCGACGAAUGUGGCAACCGUAUCGUCGAAACAAACAUAUUGGGCACAGCACAUGGCGCUUGGGCAGCAUGCGAAGCUAUGAAGCGUAGGUAUGGUAGCUACUGGAAGGAUGAGAGAGAAUGGACUGACAACAACGGAUGUAAACACGGCGAGGCGGAGUUCAACAUAACGACCUCUAGCACCCCGACGGAAGUUGGAGACAACGUGUCGCAGCAGUUGGCUGGCUUGAGAACAACGGGCAUGUUGAAACAUCACUGGUAUGUCAAGAAGGUUGUGAUUGACGAGGAAGAAGAGUGGUAG